AGAAUCAAAUCGCCCUGUAAGUCAAAUUGAUUGGCGGCGAUUGGAAAAAAAAAAAAAAAAAGUUUGCCUGGCAGCUAACUCAAUCCUCUAGCUGGCAGCAUUCAACCUUUCCACUCUUUCUACAGGUUGCAGUAAAGCUUACAGCAAUCUUCCCAUUAAUAUCGCUAUUAAGCGAUUAUUUUACCGUGCUGCUCAACUUAUAAUGUCUAAUGCAACUGCAGCGUUUUCAAACACCUCGGCUGCGGAAUCCAAUGUCGUACCUCCUCAUCGGUUAAUACCUUACAUGUCGGACGAAGCGUUGGCCGUCGUGAUGCCCGUAUUCGCCUAUUGGGUAUACAGUAUCGCUUUUCACUUUAUCAUGAAAGCCGAAAUCCCUUUCUUCGAGAAAUAUCGUAUACAUACGCUGGAGGAAAUGGAAACGAAGAACAAGGUUUCCUUAUACGAAGUCCUGCGGAUGGUACUAGUUCAGCAAACACUACAAACGAUUUUGGGUAUUAUGGUCCUACCAUCAGAAGAACCUACUGCUUUCAAUCACCAGUUUAUGCUGAAGAUGUAUGAAGAAAAUCUUCAUCGGUACCUAGCACCUAUGCUCGCUUUGGAUCAAUCGUAUAUAACUGAUGAAGUGGUACACUGGUUGGCUUAUGCAGCUUAUUGGAUAGUGGUUCCUGCUUCUCAAUUUUUUGUUGCCAUGUUUGUGCUCGACACCCAUCAAUAUUUUUUACAUCGACUUUUCCACCAAAACAAGUUCCUCUACAAACAUGUUCACUCUCACCAUCAUCGCCUCUAUGUGACCUAUGCCUUUGGAGCGCUAUACAACCACCCCUUAGAGGGCUUUCUUUUAGAUUCAGUUGGUGCUACACUUGCUUUCUCAGUAUCAGGAAUGUCCCCUCGCAUGGGUUUAGUAUUUUUCACCUUCGCCAGUUUGAAAACAGUCGACGAUCAUUGCGGAUAUGCUUUCCCUUGGGAUCCUUUACAAUUUUUCUUUGGUAACAAUGUCGUCUACCAUGAUAUCCAUCAUCAACAAUUUGGUAUCAAAACAAACUAUUCCCAACCAUUUUUCAUGUGCUGGGAUAAAUGGCUUGGUACCAUAGUAUCUGAUGAAGCCGUUCAACAAUAUGAAGAAAGACGGGCAAAGUCUCGAUCAGCCGUCAAAAGUAAUUAGUAUAUUCCAGUUCUUGUAAUUUUGUUAUGUUAUCUGUUUUGGUUUUUUAUCACCCUCCCCACUUUCUAUGUACGCUCUCCAACACCCCAAUUGCAUUACGUGACAGCGAAACUGCAAUAUUAUCUGAUUUUCACACACGAACGUUAUAAUUUGUUAUACUAGGGUUUUUGAUCGUAAUGCUAAAGAAAAUUCAACAGUCGUAUGGGAAAUGAUAUUACAAUGCAAAAAAUUG